UUUCACGACUCGGUAAAAGCAACUUUAAGAGACGGGCCGGUAGGAACCAAAGCAAGUGUUGUUUCUACCCGAGUGGGAAAGACGUGCACCAUCGGUCAAACUGCAGUCAACACAGUGGCUAGCUGCGAAACUGUUUUGACAGCAUGUACGCGAAUAAGUUUAGUCGUCUGGUGCUCGGUGUGUACAGCCGUAAGACGGCCGCUGUCUGCCGUGUGGUCCACAGUGCGGCAGGACGGAGCGGCUAUAGCUGGACUGCGGUGUGUAAACAGCGGACACUGUGGCUGCAGAGGAGCGCCUGUCUGAAGAGCCAACACACCGUUCCCUGUCACAUCAGUGCUCGGUCAGCCUCCCAAACCACGGUGGACCCCAAUGAGGUCAGGAGGUUCCAGUCACUGGCUAACAAGUGGUGGGAUGAACAGGGAGAAUUUGCAGCUCUUCAUGCCAUGAAUGACCUGAGGGUGCCUUUUAUACGGGAUAAUCUGCUGAAUGUGCAUAGAACCUGUCAUCCUGGGAAACCACUCAGAGAACUCAGAAUACUGGAUGUGGGCUGUGGAGGAGGCCUGCUCACAGAGCCUCUCGGUCGCCUGGGAGCCACUGUGUUAGGUAUAGAUCCAGUAGGAGACAGCAUCGGUACAGCCCAGCUGCACUCGUCCGCUGACCCAGACCUUCGUGACCGUGUCUCCUACCUGGCCUGCACUCUGGAGGAACUCUCAGCAGAAGAGGAGGGAGGGGAGGAGGAGCAGGGGGCGGGCCAGUUCGAUGCUAUUGUAGCCUCAGAGGUGGUGGAACAUCUGGCCGACCUGGAAACAUUCGCCUUCUGCUGCAGCCACGUGCUCAAGCCAGGCGGCUCACUCUUCAUCACCACUAUUAACAAAACCAACCUGUCGUACGCGCUGGGUAUUGUUGUAGCUGAGCAGCUGCUGCGCAUCGUUCCCAGCGGGACACACGACUGGGAAAAGUUCAUCAGCCCUGAAGAGCUGGAGCGCCUCCUGGAGUCCAAUGGUUUCUCAGUGCAGUCUGUCCAAGGAAUGCUGUACAACCCAGUAUCAGGAGCCUGGAGCUGGACUAACAGCACUGCCAUCAACUACGCCCUCCACGCUGUCAAAGUGAGAGGCGAUCCCCACACAGAGCAGGCUGAGGAAAGCAGCUCCCACCCAGAGGACCACACUGCAGCCACACACAGCUGAGCCACACGACUGGAGACCGAGUCAGAAAAUAGAACAACAUACGCUCAGAUGUGUGGAGUCCUUACUUCCCCGUGGCCAGCUGUGAUGCUGCAUGUGAGACUGAGGUUAUUAAAGGAAAGGGACAAACAGCCUUGAGAUGGAACAGAGAUGUACUGUAGUUGCAGAGUUGCACUCAAAAUAAGAUUUCAUGAUGCUUUUGGUUUUCUGUUAGCCCUGCUUUACUGUGAAGUGAUAACGUUUCAGAAAUGUUGAGUUUGAUGAUGGACAAGACUACUGUGCAUCCUUUAAUGGUGUCAUUUAUUCGCAGAGCUAUAGUAAUAUAGCUUUAUAAUGAUCACAUUCUUCAUUUUCAAUAUAUACUGUUUUGAAUCGGCUUUAUGUUUCAAAUUAAAUGUUUUAGGAUUUGUCUAUAACAAAUUUUUCAUCAGUUGCAUUUCUCUGGAGUGAAAGUGCAACAAUGCAAACUCUUUAUUUGAUUCUGGCUGCUGACAAUAAAUGUGAUUUUGUGUUUGUUUCAGCUGCACAAUGGAAAGCAUUUUUAGAUGUUAAAGCCUUUAGAGGCGGGUCCACCCACGAGGAUGGCAGUCACAUCCUUUGGGAUUAUAAAGGGGAAUCUCAUGUGGAAGUAUUAUAUAAUAUAAAUCAAGCCUAAGGCAGAGAAUAAGUCAUGCUUGUUCUUAAAGAGACCAAUAACCAGGAUGUAAGUGCGUGCAAAGAUGAUCCUUUCUCUGAUGCAGCAUCUAAGAAUACAGACUCUGGUGGCUGCAGGGGUUGAUGAUGGGGUUCA